AUGGGCGAUUUUAACUCUUUUCUGAAUGCCAAUGAUAAAACGGGAGGAGGUACACCCCCAAAUCAUGCAAUGGACCCCUUCAGACGAUGUGUCUCACAUUGUGACCUGCUGGAAAUUCCUGUCAUCGGCGACCGCUUCACCUGGGAAAAGGAGGGUGUUAGAGAACGUCUCGACUGGGCUUUUUGCAACUUUGAUUGGGAAAUCUCACAUCCUAAUCACAAAGCUCAUCACCAACUUCGCUUUAAAUCUUAUCACAGAGUUUUAGUCAUCGCGGGCAACAGGCCUGGACCUUUGAUAGGGAAACAGAAUUUCAAAUAUCAGGCAGCUUGGUGUUUAGAGGAGGGAUUUAACGAUAUUGUCAAGUCUGCUUGGGAGGGGAAAUCCUGGAUCGAUGGUAGAUCAGAAUUCACUCAAAAAGUGUCUAUCUGGAACGAAAAGGUAGUUGGAAACAUUCCCCGAAAAAAAAGGGAAAUCUUGAAAAGACUUGAGGGAAUCGACAAAGCGCGGCAGAAGAAUGAUCGUAAUGGUCUAUUCAAACUAGAAAAGAUUCUCUGGAAAGAAUUCAUCAAACUAAGCAGCCAAGAGGAAUUAAUCUGGUACCAAAAGUCGAGAUGCCAAUGGCUAAAGUUUGGUGACAGAAACUCCAAAUUCUUCCACGCUACCACUAUGAUUAGAAGAAAGAAGAGCAGAGUAGAGGCCUUGCAAGAUGACCAAGGAAAUUGGAUCUCAAACCAGCAUACUCUGAGACAAAUGGCCCAUGACUUCUUCAAGAACCUAUAUUCACGAGACCCAUGUGUUACUACAGUGAAUGAAUGGCCAGAAGAUUUUCCCCACCUCUCCUCCCUCCAGCUCUCUCAAUUGCAAAGAGGUAUUUCGGAUUCAGAAAUUAAAAGUGCUAUCUUUGAAAUGGGAAAAUUUAAAGCUCCAGGACCUGACGGUAUUCAAGCUCACUUCCUGCAAACCCAAUGGCACGAAGUUGGCUCCAAGGUAUGUCGGCUGAUUAAGGACCUAUUUGAAAACCCCGCAAGCAUCGGCUGCAUUAACCAAACCAACCUGGUUCUCAUUCCUAAGAUUGAACACCCGAGUAGGUUGAAGGAUUUUCGACCCAUCUCCCUCUGCAAUGUUUGCUUUAAGAUCUUGACUAAGGUGCUGGCUAACAGAUUCAAGGGGGUCAUGAACUACCUUAUUAGACCAAAUCAGUGCAGCUUCAUCAGGGGUAGACAAGGGAUUGACAACAUCAUCAUUGCUCAGGAGGCCAUCCAUACCAUGAGAACCAAGAAACAAGCAGAUGGUUUUGUAGCAAUUAAAGUAGAUAUGGAGAAAGCCUUUGACAGACUCGAUUGGAAUUUCAUUCAAUUCACACUCAAUAGCAUGGGACUGGACGAAGGAUUUGUUAAUCUCAUUAUGAACUGUGUGUCUACGGCUACGAUGAACGUGCUAUGGAACGGAGUUCCCUCAGAAACCUUUACACCUACAAGGGGAGUAAGACAGGGAGACCCCCUUAGCCCUUACCUGUUCAUUCUCUGUAUGGAGAGAUUGGGUCAGCUCAUACACACAGAAGUUCAUGAGGGGAGAUGGAAACCUUUAAAGCUGAGUGCAAAUGGGCCCCCAUUCUCGCAUCUCUUCUUUGCCGAUGAUCUCAUUCUAUUCAGCGAAGCUUCACAGGAUCAGAUGGAGGAAAUUAGAGAGAUUAUGCGCUUCUUCUGUGAAGUUUCGGGACACCAGAUUAAUCUACAGAAAUCCAAGAUGUUUGUUUCACGGAAUGUCCAUGCAAGUAGAGCGAUUUCCCUUAGUCAAAGCUUGGGUAUUACCCUAACGGCAGACUUGGGGAAAUAUCUGGGGGUCCCUUUGCUACAUCAACGAGCAAUCAAGGCUACUUUUGCGCCUAUUCUCCGGAAAAUUCACAUGAAACUAACAGGCUGGAAGGGCAGAUUUCUCAGCAUGGCAGGAAGAACAGUUCUAAUCAAAUCUACCCUAUCGACAAUACCCUCUUACCAAAUGCAAACUUUACUCCUUCCAAAAGGUGUACUGGAAGACAUAGAGAAGAUUAAUAGGGAGUUCUUCUGGAACCAGGAACAUGGUACAAAGAAAAUGCACCUUAUCUCUUGGAACACCCUAAAACUUGACAAAGAGCACGGAGGCCUCGGCAUAAAGGAUCUUCGCUCACAGAAUAUUGCUUUCAUUAUGAAGCUAUGUUGGGGGAUGAUGGUAAAACCGAAUGCUCUUUGGGUCCAGUGUCUUCAGCACAAAUACAACUGGAACAGAGAAAAUCUCAACUCGGUGAAGGCAAAGAGGAACCAAUCAAGGGUUUGGAAAGGCAUCACAGAUGUAUGGGACCUCUUCCUAAAGGGACUCGGAAAAAGAGUGAGGAAUGGCAGGAAUACAAAAGCUUGGGAGGACUUGUGGACCCCUCUUGACCGACCUCUCAAGGACUAUGUGUCCAACAACCAAGCUGACUAUGACAUUAAUGAUAAAGUGGCCCAAUUCAUCAACAACACGGGCUCCUGGGACAUGCAAAAAUGGGAAGCGCUUCUGCCACACUGGAUCACUCAAAUAAUCCAGAAAAUCCAGCCCCCGAGAUCUAUAGGCGAUGAUAUUUUUUAUUGGAGGAAAUCAACAGAUGGUAACUUCACUGUUAGCUCAGCCUAUCAAAUGGCUUCAAACCAGUCUCAACAAACCAGAGUUCAAGAUUGGCACAAUCUUUGGAAGGGAGAUAUUCCCGAGCGAGUAAAGUUCUUCAUAUGGCAGGUAUUUCAUGAGAGACUUCCUACAAAUAACCUCAGAGCUAAGAGAAAUCCGAAUGCUUCUGCUGAGUGCCCUUUUGAGUGUCUUUGUGAGGAAUCAAUCUUACAUACUCUGAGAGAUUGUGAGAGUGCAAACAGUGUGUGGCUUUCCGUCAUUAACCCCUUAUAUGUAUAUACUUUCUUUAGUGGUAAUUUGCAGGAAUGGCUUCGCUGGAAUAUGGAGAACAAGCUUGGUUCAAGGAAAUUCACUCGAUGGCCCUGGAACAAAAUCUUCACCUUACUCUGCUGGCUAAUCUGGAAGAACCGGUGUAGGAAGGCUUUCGGGGAAUCCCAAGAACAUCCAAAAGAACUAGUCAACAAAUGCCUCUUCCUUCUCAUGGAAGAGGAAGAGAAUGGACGCACUAUACACAAGGUGUUUCAAAACCAAGCUAGAGACCAGUGCAGAUGGACCCCACCGCCUACAUCAUACAUUCGACUCGAUGUAGAUGGAUCUGUUUCAAGGAAUGGAAUGGGAGCUUGCGGUGGAAUAAUCAGAGACGACCAAGGAGCUUGGCUGAUGGGAUUCCAACAAAAACUUGGUCAGGCAGGAUCAACUACUGCAGAACUAAUGGCAAUCCAAGCUGGUCUACACUUAUGCAAGACGAAGGGAUACUCCAAAGUGAAGCUGUACUCUGACUCUUGGGAGGCGAUCCAAUUGCUCGCCUCAAACUGUAAUCCCUCACACCCCCUUCGUGAGGAAAUCACUGAAACCAGGAGCUUAAUUUUCUCCAAUUGGGAUCUGGAAGUGCGCCACGCUUAUAGAGAAGCAAACAAAUGCGCGGACUACCUUGCAAAGACUGCCCACGAUGGGAACGAGGACGUAAGACUCAUUCACAUGCCUCCGCCUUUUUGCAUGAAUCAGAUGGAAGAAGACCUUGCUAAUAGGAUUAGUAUACCUGGCUAG